CGGCCGCGCCGGGGCCGCCGCCGCGGCCGAGCGGUAGCGCCGCCGGGAACAUGGCGGAGAGGCUGGAAUGGGUGGAAAUCAUAGAGCCUCGAACGCGGGAGCGCAUGUAUGCCAACCUCAUCACGGGGGAGUGCGUGUGGGACCCACCUGCUGGGGUCCGGAUCAAGCGCACCAACGAGAACCAGUGGUGGGAGCUCUUCGACCCCAACACCUCCCGCUUCUACUACUACAAUGCCACCACGCAGCGGACGGUGUGGCACCGGCCGCAGAACUGCGACAUCAUUCCCCUGGCCAAGCUGCAGACCCUGAAGCAGAACACAGAGUCACCGAGAGCCUCCACGGAGAACAGCCCCGGGAGGAGCAGUAAUGUCAGCAGGGAGGGCAGCACCAGCUCCUCCUUGGAGCAGGAGCUGGAGGGCAGCGAGAAGGCGCAGGACCAGACAAGAUCGAGCCGUCAGUCAACUCAGUAUGCGGUGGUGAAAGAAGAAACAGAAAGUUCCUCGCCUUCUGGAGUGUUUGAGAAAGAAUAUGACAUUUAUCGGGAUUACAGUGCAGAAGGUCAACUCCUCCACUACAGGACAUCAUCGCUGCGCUGGAACGCCGGCACCAAGGAGCGCAUGCUCAUCAAGGUGACCGACCGCGAGCCCAGCUUCCUCAUGCACCAGGGCAACGGCUACGCAGCCGAGAGCCAGCCGGGGAGCCGCUCGCGGCGGCCCUCGGGCGGCCAGCAGUCGCCCAACCUGCAGACCUUCGCCCCCGAUGCCGACAACUCCGUCUUCUUCCCCGAGCGCAAGCAGUCGCCCUUCCUGAAGAGAGCGGAGCACGUGGGCAGCUGCUCGCCGCUGCUGGGCCGUGGCGACCCUUUCUGCUCGCCGCUCCAGGCCCAGCACCGCAAGCACUCGAGCGAGUCGCAGCCCUCCUCGCCCCGCUACGCCUACGAGCCGCCCCUCUACGAGGAGCCCCCCAUGGAGUACCAGGCCCCCAUCUACGACGAGCCCCCCGUGGACAUGCAGUACGAAGCCAGCGGCAGCUACAAGGCCGGCUCCCCGCAGAAGUCGCCCAUCCGCAAGCCUCACCCCUUCCUGCAGUCACCCAAGCAGGGCUCCAACUCGCCCUACCAGCAGCUGGUGCUCACCAAGCAGAAGUGUCCCGACAGGUUCAUGAGCCUCGAGUACAGCCCGGCCGGCAAGGAGUACGUGCGGCAGCUGGUCUACGUGGAGCAGUCGGGCUCCAGCCCCAAGAUGAAGACGGGGCUGCGGCACAAGUACUCGCCCAACCCCAUCGGCGGCUCCUACUCGCUGCAGCACAGCCCCUGCCUGGUCCGCGACCAGCGCCUGGAGAUCAAGUCAGGAGACUACAGCAGCAUGGAAGGGCCCGACUUCUGCCACGGCCAGCCGGCCGGCCCGCUCACCCAGGGCGAGGACUCCAUGUCGUGGUCCAGCCAGCAGGACACCAUGUCUUCGACAGGCUACUCGCCCAGCACCAGGAAGAGGAAGAGCCGGAAGCCCUCCCUGUCCCACGACCCCAACGCCUCCUCCACUGAUGGCUCGGGGGAGCGCGAGGCGCUGGGCGAGCAGCUCCUGGGCGAGGAGAGGGCCGUGCCGGGUGGUGCCCGGCCGCAGCUGGGCCGCGUGGAGAGCAAAGCGGCGGAGGCGGAGGCGGCGCGCAGCUUCCCCGAGCCCUUCCUGGCGCAGGCCCGCCUGGCCUGGGAAGCCCAGCAGGCUCACUACCACAUGAAGCAGCGCAGCAGCUGGGACUCCCAGAAGGACGGCUCGGGCUACGAGAGCGAUGGCGCCCUCCCCUUGCCCAUGCCGGGCCCCGUGGUGCGAGCGUUCAGCGAGGACGAGGCCCUGGCCCAGCAGGACAGCAAGCACUGGAAGAGGAACACCUUCGAGAAGCUGGGCUUCCCUCAGAUCCUGCUGGAGAAGAGCGUGUCCGUGCAGACCAACCUGGCCUCCCCCGAGCCCUACCUGCACCCAUCCCAGUCGGAGGAUCUCGGCGCCUGUGCCCAGUUCGAGAGCAGCAGACAGAACAGGAACAUGAUGCCUAGCGCCAGCUGUGUCUUCCCCACCUUCAACCUGCGCAAGCCCUCUUCAGAGACGGACAUUGAGAACUGGGCUUCCAAGCACUUCAACAAGCACACCCAAGGGCUCUUCCGGCGGAAGGUGUCCAUCGCCAACAUGCUAGCCUGGAGCAGCGAGUCCAUCAAGAAACCCAUGAUCAUGACCAACGACCGCAACGUCAAGAAGGAGGCGUGCGAGAUAUUUAAACUGAUUCAGAUGUACAUGGGGGACCGGCGGGCCAAGACGGACCAACUCAACGUGGCCUUGGAGAUCGCCACCAAAGGCUGGAGCAUGCAGGGCCUGCGAGAUGAGCUCUACAUCCAGCUGUGCCGGCAGACCACUGAGAACUUCCGUUACGAGAGCCUGGCCCGGGGCUGGGAGCUCAUGGCCAUUUGUCUGGCCUUUUUCCCACCCACUCCCAAAUUCCAUUCCUAUCUAGAAGGAUAUAUUUACAGGCACAUGGAUCCGGUGAAUGACACGAAAGUGACACAGCACAUUAAAGAGCUCCUGGAAAGGAACAGUAAGAAGAAGUCCAAAUUGCGAAAGAAACCCAAGCCCUAUAUCGAAGAGCACGAUGGGGUGGCAAUAAGCACUUACGCCAAGUACUGUUACAACAAGCUCCAGAAAGCGGCCUUGACGGGAGCCAAGAAGGGCCUGAAGAAGCCGAACAUCGAGGAGAUCCGGCACGCCAAGAACGCCGUGUUCAACCCCUCCAUGUUCGGCAGCUCCCUGCAGGACAUCAUCAACAUGCAGAAGGAGCGCUACCCGGACCGGCAGCUGCCCUGGGUGCAGACCCGCCUCUCCGAGGAGGUGCUGGCGCUCAACGGCGACCAGACUGAGGGCAUCUUCAGGGUCCCCGGGGACAUCGACGAAGUCAACGCCCUCAAGCUGCAGGUGGAUCAGUGGAAGAUCCCCACGGGCUUGGAGGACCCUCACGUUCCCGCCUCCCUGCUGAAGCUGUGGUACCGGGAGCUGGAGGAGCCGCUGAUCCCGCACGAGUUUUACGAGCAGUGCAUCACCCACUACGAGAACCCCGAGGCGGCCAUCGCUGUCGUCCACUCUCUGCCCAGGAUCAACAAAAUGGUGCUGUGCUACCUCAUCCGCUUCCUGCAGGUGUUCGUGCAGCCGGCCAACGUGGCCGUCACCAAGAUGGACGUCAAUAACCUGGCCAUGGUGAUGGCCCCCAACUGCCUGCGCUGCCAGUCGGACGACCCGCGCAUCAUCUUCGAGAACACCCGCAAGGAGAUGUCCUUCAUCCGGGUGCUCAUCCAGCACCUCGACACCAGCUUCAUGGAGGGCGUCCUAUAGCAGCGCGCGGGGUUCGGAGCCGCACCCGCGUCCCGCCUCCGCCGCCCCUCUCCCCUGCGCCCCGA